AAAAUCUUUUGUUCGCCCCUGCAGCUUGUUGAGCUGUGGGAGGUGGUGCAUGCAGGUGAGAUCAAAGGGUGCGGCGCGGGGGAGGGGACAGCAGUCGCAAAUUGAGAGGACUGAGAGAGCAGAUGGGAGCAGCACAAGCCCGAGGCACAAGUUUUGAGAUUUUAACAUAUAUUUUGACAUGAGGACUAUGUCUAACGACAUUAGACACAUUGAAUGGGAAAUUGCUCUGGAGAGGGCAUCCAGACCCCUCCCGCUGAUGUUAUCCCAUCUUGACGAUAUGGAUGACUCUGCUGUAGAAGACGGGAUUAGGAUGGAGAUCCGGGACCCUUCCUCAGUCCCACCUGCCAGUGAGGUCAUGUCCCCAUCUGCCGCUGAGCCGUCUGCCCAUUGUUCCGCCCCUGUGACGCCGUCGAACAAACCUGCCAGCGAGGUCAUGGCCACAACCGCUACUCAGACAUUUUCCAUGCCGUUCAGAAGUAACAAGCGGGAGCCGAGGACUCGAUCCCUCGGCUGCAAGAACUGUGAGGUACUCUCUGCUGAGCUGAAGGCGGUGAGAGAGCUGCUGUCUGACGAAGUGGUCCGGAAUGCUGAACUUCAACAGUUGCGCUUACCAACCAGUCGAGAAACUGCCGCGAGGCCCAAGCCAUUUUCACAAUGGAAUGCGUCUCCAUAUGUCAAACUGGUGGAGGAGUUCAAGGAGCACACGGAAGGAAGGUUUCCCUUGCAGAAAACGAGGUGGAAUGCCAGACGGCGAGCUAAUCACGUCAUUUAUUUCCUGAGGUUUAUGUCAGAGCCAGCUCUUCCUGAUUUGAACCUUCUCUUUUUGAAGGACUACGGUCGGAUCAGGACAUUUACAGAACAUCUGUCUGACAAAAACUUGAAACCGGCGACCAUAAGAAGCUACCUACUAGAUGCUGUUGCAUUUGUAAAGUACAUUCUGAUGAUGGCGCCAGAAGGGGUGAAAAUAGGUGGAAGAAGCCUAAAUGUGCUGCUAGCGGAACUCCGGGCGAGGGUGAGGCACGUGUCGAGAUCGGUGCUAGGGCGACAGCUGGCUCAGCGCCACAGGAUGUCCGGUGCAGGGAUGGUUUUCCACCGACGGACCCUUGGCCUCCACUUGCACCGACGGAUCCACCGCGUCCUCCGACAGACCCUCGGCAUCUGCGCUUUCUUUCAGCAUGAACCGGCCGUCCCUCGGCUUCGAGAACUGUGCAGGGAUGGUUUUUCCACCAACGGACCCCUGGCCUCCACUUGCACCGACGGAUCCACCGCGUCCUCCGACGGACCCUCGGCAUCUGCGCUUUCUUUCAGCGUUUCGUUCUCCUCGGCCUCCUCUCGGCCGCCUUGCAGCUCAGAGGAUCCCGCGGUCGGCAGCAGUGCGGAGUCGUUUGACCUGCGAGUCGACCGAGAGGAGGCCGGGGAGGCGGUCGUCUCUGUCUGGAAAAAGUGCACGUGCAAUAAAUAAAGAUGAAAAAAACAAUGGUGUUUUUUCAAUUGAGCGUUUGUCAAUGAAUAAAGUUCUCUUAAAUUGUG